CUUUAGUCUUGGCAGCACUGACCGCCAGGGACCCUUCCAGCCGGUUCUGCCCGCCCGUUGCCGCUCCUGCCUUUGUGCCCGGAACGUGUUCUCCCACCUCCUAGGUCUGCCACCCCCACAGUCUCCGCCAUGGGUCUGGAACUCUACCUGGACCUGAUAUCCCAGCCCUGCCGUGCGGUCUACAUCUUCGCCAAGAAGAACGGCAUCCCCUUCCAAUUGCACACCGUGGAGCUGUUCAAAGGCCAACACCAUACUGAUGCCUUUGUCAAGAUAAACCCCCUAAAGAAGGUGCCAGCCUUGAAGGAUGGGGACUUCACUUUGGCUGAGAGUGUGGCCAUCCUGCUAUAUUUGAGUCGCAAGUACAAGGCCCCAGACCACUGGUACCCUGAGGACCUACAGGCUCGAGCCCGUGUGGAUGAGUACCUGUCCUGGCAGCACACAACCCUGAGGAGUUGUUGCUCCAGGGCCAUGUGGCAGAAGGUGAGUUAUGAAGGCAAAUGGGCAGGGACACCCCCCCACCCCGCCGAGGAUGUACCAGGAAUGGCACUUUCUGUUAAAAGUAAAAAGUUCCUAGCCAGGCAUGGUGGUAUAUGCCUUUAGUCCCAGCACUCGGGAGGCA